AUGGCACACUUAUCAUUUAUUCUAAUUUUUUUUCUCAUAUACUAUUCUUAUUGCCAACAAUGUGAUCAAAGUUCCGAUAUAGCUCGUUUUGAUUGUUAUCCUGAAAAUGAUGCUACACAAGAAAAAUGUCUUGCAAGAAAUUGUUGUUGGAGACAACCAUUUGAGAAUAGAAAUCAAAGAGAAAAACAUUUUAGUGCUUUUCAUGAUAUAAAUGUACCGUAUUGUUAUUAUCCAAAAGAUUUUCCGACAUAUAAAUUACAAACAAAUGAACAAACGGAGUUUGGACAACGAUUACGAAUUAAUAAAUCAGAAACAACAUAUAUGCCACAUGAUAUUACUGAUUUAACUGUUGAUCUUAUAUAUGAAACAGAACAUAGAUUUCGUAUUCGUAUUUAUGAUACAAUAUACAAACGAUAUGAAGUACCACUUGAAGUACCGGUUAUAACAAAAAAAGCGAAUCAAACUGAUUAUGAUGUUAAAAUUAAUUCAAAUCCAUUUUCACUUCUUAUUACAAGAAAAUCAACAGGUGUUACAUUAUUUGAUUCAAGUGUGUCACCACUUAUAUUUGCAGAUCAAUUUAUAAAAUUUUCAACACGUUUAUCAAGUCCAUAUGUUUAUGGUCUUGGUGAACAUCGACAAGCAUUAUUAAUAGAUCUAACAGAAAAAUGGAAAAAAUUAACAUUUUGGUCACGAGACUUUCCACCCGUAGAAAAUACAAAUCUUUAUGGUGUUCAUCCAUUUCAUAUUAAUCCAGAAUUUAAUAGAGAUAAUUCAACGAAUUUUCAUGGACAAUUUUUUCUUAAUUCAAAUGCAAUGGAUAUUGAUCUUCAACCAUUACCUGCAUUAACUUAUACAACUAUUGGUGGAAUUAUUGAUUUGUAUAUCUUUACUGGACCGACAAUACAAAAUGUUAUUGAACAAUAUUGGGAUAUCAUCGGAAAACCAAUUAUGCCACCUUUUUGGUCAUUAGGAUUUCAUCUUUGUCGUUAUGGUUAUAAUAGCAUUGAAAAUAUGUUAGCAACUGUUAAAAGAAUGGAUGAUGCUAAUUUUCCAUAUGAUGUACAAUGGACAGAUAUUGAUGCAAUGUCAUCUUAUUUAGAUUUUACAUAUGAUGAAAAAAAUUUUCAUGGUCUUCCUGAUUUUGUACGUAAUUUACAAGCUAAUGGAAAACAUUAUGUUAAUAUAAUUGAUCCUGGAAUAAGUUCAGUUCAAUCUCCGGGGUCCUAUUUACCAUAUGAAGAAGGAUUAAGAAAAAAUAUUUUCAUGAAAAAAUUUAAUUCAACUGAAUUAAUUCUAGGAAAAGUAUGGCCAGGUAUAACAGCUUUUCCUGAUUUUACAAAUCCAAAUGCGACUGAUUGGUGGACAAAUAUAUCUUCUAUUUUUCAUGAUAUCGUUCCAUUUGAUGGAAUGUGGAUUGAUAUGAAUGAACCAUCAAGUUUUAUUGAUGGAUCAAGUGAUGGUUGCACAAUGAAUAAUUUAGAUAAUCCACCAUUCAUUCCUAAUGUACUUGGUGGUAGUCUUAGUUCAAAAACUUUAUGUCCAUCUGCUCAACAAUAUCUUUCACAACAUUAUAAUUUACAUAGUAUGUUCGGUUAUUUCGAAGCAAAAGUAUCAAAUGCAGCAUUGAAAACAAUUCGAAAAAAACGACCAUUUGUUUUAUCUCGUUCAUCAUUUGCUGGUUCAGGUAAAUUUACUGCUCAUUGGACUGGAGAUAAUCGAGCUACAUUUGAUGAUAUGUACUUUUCAAUUCCUGCUAUUCUCAAUUUUAAUAUGUUUGGUAUCACACAUGUUGGUGCUGAUAUUUGUGGAUUUGGACUUGAAACAACUGAAGAAUUAUGUACACGAUGGAUGCAACUUGGCGCUUUUUAUCCAUUUAUGAGAAAUCAUAAUGACCUAGGACAAAAAGAUCAAGAUCCGGGAUCAUUUUCAUAUGCAGCUCAACAAAGUAUGAAACAAGCAUUGCUUAUGCGAUAUUCAUUAGUUCCAUUUUGGUAUACUCGUCAUUACGAAGCAGCAAUGUUAUCUAGAACUAUUAUUCAACCACUUUUCUUCGAAUAUCCAAAUGAUAGAAAUACGUAUAAUAUUGAUCAACAAUUUUUAAUCGGGCGUGCUCUUCUUGUCUCACCAAAUUUAAAAACAGAAACAACUUCUAUUAAUGCUUAUAUUCCUUCUGAUGUUUGGUAUGAAUUUCCAUCCGGUAUUAGAGUUGAAAAAGUAGGUACAUUUAUAAAUUUGGAUGCACCAUUAUCAAAAAUAAACGUACAUGUUCGUGGUGGUUUUAUUAUUCCAAUGCAAAUACCCGGCGAUAAUUUAAUUAUUGGACGUGGUAAUCCAUUUACAUUACUUGUUGUACAAUCUCAAUGGGGUAAUGCAAAUGGAAAUCUUUUCUGGGAUGAUGGUGAUUCAAUUGAUUCAAUUGAAACAAAAACAUAUAAUUAUUUGGAAUUUUCAUUAAUGAAUGGCACUACAUUGAGAAUAGAUGCUCUUGUAACAAAUUAUCAAGAUAGACCAAUGCGUUUGGAACUUGUAAAAAUUCUUGGAGUUAAUAAGACAGUUACUAAUGUGAAUAUAAAUGGAAAAUCUUAUACAAAUUUUCUCUAUAAUAUUUUUGAUCAAAUUCUACUUAUAUAUGGACUUGAGUUAGAUAUGUUAACUCAAUCAAUUCAAACCAUUCAAUGGACAAUGACAAAUUAA